GCUGUUCGAAUAUGGCGUGACCAUCAGCGAAAGGUGAUCCCGAUAAAAUAGCAGAGGAGAUCUGCGUGACCACUUCCUGAUGAAUAUCAAAUCAAUGAGAGCAGAUCUCAGUAAGGCUAAAGACUUCCCCUUUAUUCUUUUGCAUCCUUCUCAUGUAGAACAAGAAUUUGCAAAUUACUUGUUUGUUGAUGUUCAUAAAAAGGUCGUCCUUUUUCCACCCAGUGAGCUGAAACUUAUCUCUACUUACUACCUAGCCACCACCUGCUGGCUUUUUUUCCUGUCAGAAUAUGAAUAAGUUAUUUCCACCUACAAAGAUGAACGAGUAGUCUCCUCUGUCCGUGUCCUCUCUCUGUUGGCUUCCGUCAUUUCUUUGGAACAGCAGCGUGAAGAUUAUGUUGAAAACUACAGCGAGCUUGUGCUUGACCCUAGUAAUAUGAAACGACAUGCGCUAAAAUUCGGUGAAGACGCUCCGACGUUCCAGGAAUUUCGCCAAAAGCACGACAACAUCCCCUUGCGUCUUUUGUUCAAGACGUUCUGUGUCUACCGGCAGCUCGACCAUCUGGGCCAGUGGGAAAACUUGGAGGUUGUUGUGUUGGAUCUACUUCCGUUGAACGCGGCGGCGGCGGGCGGCUCAAAGAAGACACUUCUACAGAAAACGAAGGACCAAGACAAUACCGCAUUGUUGCUGUCUUCACGGGCAGUUGUGAGGGAGACCGAGGAGGAAGUCGUGAUCCGUGGGAGGAACAAGGUAACGAACGAAGUCGAGACCUUCGUUCCGGUCGACGCCUUCGAAGAUUCCGUUUGCUUGCAGUCGAACGGGGAAAGAACAAGGCACGCAGGGAAGGAUACGCGUUUGAAACUUGCUGUUGUUGACACGGACGGUCUUGUGGUCAUCAUCGACGUAGGCCGAAGCAGGUCUGCGCAAGAAGUCGCAGAGGAGCACCUCCAAGCGGACCAAGAGAAAAAUCUGCUACAGGUCGUGUGA